AUGGAAUUUAUUGAUCAGAAAAUACCAAAGAUAAAGAUGGAAGUGAAUGUUGAAAAUCUUAAAAUUCCCGAAAUUCAACAGAAAGAAAUUAGAGAUAAAGCUGCUUCGGACAGUGAUAAGUAUUUUGGAUUUUCGUCAACUGGAAGUACAUGUAUGCCUAGUUCAAUCUUAAAGGGCAGCAAGAACUCCAUCUGGAGUGAUCGUCACGGAAGUUUAAGUGCUGUAAAAGUUGGGGAAAUCUUAAAGAAUACUUAUGAAGGCAGAGAGUUCUUUGACCAUGGUGGCUUGGUAGAAACCCAAGGGAUGAAAGCUAAGGACGUCACUUGCACUCCUAUAAAGAAGAGGAAAGGAAGGUCUGAACUUAGUGAAGAACAAAUAUCCAAGUGGCAGUCAUCUGCUGCAUACACCGGAACAACAUUUAUCGUUGCUAAUAAUUCAAGCGGGUUGUAUUUCCUUGUGGAUGGUCUACCUUUUCUGUUGGCGGAUUCUGAUACAGAUGAAAAAAUGGCAAGACUGGCAAAAGAAAAAGCUUAUCGUAGAAAUUGUGAAAAACUGUUCCAGCUUGGAGAAGGAAUGCUUGCUGUUGUUCAUGGUACAAACCUUUGGUCUGAGUAUAUUCUUGAUGAUGUUCUGAAGGCGAAGGUCAUAAAAAAGAAGGUGGCAUUUUGUUCAUUCAUAGUUAAAUUAGAAAUUAUAUUGAAGAAAAGUAUAAAUCAUUUUAAUGUGCAGGUCCAAAAUGAAAAUUGGACUACCAAGCAAUGCGCAGUAGAGGCACAACAUAUAAUGAAAACCCAUAUAUUUUCCCCUGAACAUCUAGUGGAAAAGAAGCUUCCCAAAGAUUUCGAUUCUAGGAAUGCUGGUUGUGGGAUCGUAUUUGGUUCCUACAUCGAGAACGAUGAGAAGGUUAAAGUUGGUAGUAUGUUUUACGUUGACAAAGACAAUAUGAAAGAGAUAAUAGACGUAAACAAUUACCCUGGGACGAUUCAAGACCUAUAUAAUGAUAAAACAAAACCUGUUGGCUAUCUCUGCCUUGGAAUAGGAGGUGAGCAUGCUAAUUCAGAGUUAAUGUUUCAUCAUUCUUUUCAUCAAAUGGGGAAUAUGUUGGAUAAGAACUGUCUUGCUGUUGAAAAUGGAAACCUUACGGAGUGUGAGCACGCUUAUGUUUUUCUAAAUGCAAUGCGGGAAGCUGUUGCAAAUUCCUUAACAGGAGGAGAAAUAAUAGGCAAGUAUAUAACUCCUUCUGGUAUCAAAAAUCUAGUGCAUCCUUAUGCUACGGUGAACGAAAAGCUCUUGACGAGGUUAUUUGUGAUCUGGAGUCGAAAGUGA